AUGGCCGACAAGCAGUACAAGUACCGGCAGGAGAUCAGCCAGUCAAGCACGCACCGGGUGGCCAGAACCGGCGCAAUGGAGGUUGUUGAGCCAAGCCUUGCGCUGGUGACGGGGGAGAAACGGCCAGGUGCAAACGGAAGAGAGCACCGCUGGUGGACUGAGAGCUCCCGUUGCGAGUGCUACGUAUCUAUGGGCAUCAGCGAACUUGGACGGUCCGUCCGCAUGUGCCUGAUGUGCGCCGGUGUGUUAGCAGUUGGCCCACGCUGCUUCUGUUGA